AUGGUGGCGUGCGCUGCUGUCUCAUCUCAGUCUCACGUCCUGCUGGCAGUGCCGAUGACAACUUGCGCACUGUCUGUUGAUCAACUGAAGCAGCAACUCCUUGCCGCAAUAGAGAAUGUCAAUUACGAGAAUGUUUGUGACGUCCUGUCAGAGCUGGAAAAGGCUCCUAUCACCAAGGAAAUCUUGGAGUCAACGAGGGUCGGUGCUACGAUAAAUGAUGUUAGGAAACGAUUUCUGGAAAAGUGGCCAGAUGUUUCUCAAAGAUGUCGUUCACUGAUUAAACAUUGGAAGAAAUUAGUUGAGCAGGUGCGGUCGGGGUCCAGUUGUACCUCUUCUGCGAACGCUACUCCCAACUUGGUGUCACCAGGGGCUGCUCGUUUGCAAAGGAAAGUAACGCCUGCUACUCCAGUAAACAAGCGAGUCACUUCAACGGGUCUCUCAAAUGGGCGAAGCACAACAGUCUCUCCAGCUAAUGGAAGCUAUGCACCCAAAGUCUUGAACUCUCCUAAUGGUGGACUUCAUAAGUCUCAGUCAGUGGGAGCAGAGUUAUUAAGCAAAGGAGAGGAUGGCAGAAAUGGCAAAAGAAAGUUGGAAGAUGGAGGUCCAGCAUUAAAACGGGUUAAAACAACAGCCAGCGGUUUAUCCAAUAGUACCGGUACUUCUUCGGUUUCUGCUGCUAGACGAGCAACACAAAGCACUACUGAGCUUGUCGCUCAACUCAGUCAGAACCUCCCAGAGCACAUGAGCAUUGACUCAUCGAUCAGAGAGCACGAGGAAAAAGUGAAAAGAGAACAACAUGACGAAGAACAACAAAUCGUAUCGCCCAGUGUGGUGGUGGGGGUACAAGAGAAAAAGAAGAGGAAAUACGAGAGGAGACAGAAAAGUGAAGUUUCAAAUUCUGCAAGUUCAACACCAGCACCAGAGGAAAGAAAGGGUGGUCUUAUACUACGCCUCCCUCGCAUUGCACCGAUUCGAGAACAAGAACCCAGUGCAUCGCGAGUUGAAACUGCAUCAACUGAGGAUUCUCGACCAACAUCUUCUAUGUCAUCUUCAGCGGAAGAAACGAGUUCGGAAAGUAAAAAACAGAUUGACUGGAUGUCACUGGUUCCGUCAUUGGAAUCUCUCAUGAAGAAAGUUGAGGAUGCGAAAGCUAAGGAUGCCACUGUCACCAUGGACCCUACUAAGGUUCAUCGAGUAACAGUUAAUGAGAGGAAGUUAGUAGCUUUGCCAUAUUUGGAUUUACAAGCGAAACCUGAUUUCCUUACAUAUCGUUAUCCUGACUCUGCGCAGUACUAUGCAAAUGAAAAUUUCCGUUACGGGGCCGAAAGGGAAAGUGUAAUAUUAAAUUAA